GCCCGAUUUGGAGAUGCGAUCGAGAAAUUCAGCGCAAAAAUUAUAGCCGAUUACAUCUUGCCUUCAAACGACGACGCGCUGUUCCUCCGCUGUUCCUCCUUGAUUCCCAUCCAAUAUGUCCGAAGCUCAGCAAGUAAAUGUCGCGGAUUUGGAUCUUAACCAGCUGAGUGAUGUACGGAAGCAGCUUGAAGAGGAACUCGGCCACCUUACCAGCUCUUUCGCCCAGCUGAAGCAAGCGCAAGUGAAAUUCAAGACUUGCAUUGAAAACAUCGGCGACCUAAAGCCUCAGAAUAAAGAUAAAACUAUACUAGUGCCUUUGACGAACUCUCUCUACGUUCCUGGUAAAAUUUGUGAUACCGAGAGUGUCAUAGUUGAUGUCGGGACCGGAUAUUAUGUGCAGAAGUCGCGGGUUGAGGCUGUGAAGCACUAUUCCGACAAGGUGGAAUACUUGAAUACUAACCUCGUUGUCCUCGAGGAUACCAUUGGCAAAAAGCGGGAGAAUAUGACAUACCUUUUGAACGUCAUGCAGUCCAAACUACAAGCAGAGGCGAAAAACGCUGCAAAAUCAUGACCGACGUGUCGACUUGUCAUUGCAUGUAUGUACGUUGCUAUUUGUACUAUUAUAUUGCCUCAAUGCAUACCACACCAUCUGCUAAAUCACCA